AUGGACCCCAACUGUGACUGCGAAAUUCUUGCACCUGUGCAGGCUCCUGCAAGUGUAAAUCCUGCCGAUGUACCUCCUGCAAGAAAAGCUGCUGCUCCUGCUGCCCAGCAGGAUGUGCCAAGUGUGCCCAGGGCUGUGUCUGCAAAGCCCCCCAGACUGAGAGUUGCAGCUGCUGCCACUGAUGCUCCUCUCUCCCAUGACUUGAUGACUGAUGGGGGUCUGACCCAAGAGACUAAUAAGACAAGAGUGUGCCGGUACAGCAAAGCUUUAUUAACCCUGGGGCUGUGUGCAGGAGGCUGGAGGAAGGGACAGGGGCGGCGCCUUUGCACUCACUCCGCGGGUCCUUUCGCUAUAAAUGAGGACGAGGAAUUCUUUGCUCCACAACAUCUUUCUCGCAUCCAUCCUUCUCCUGUGAGCUCUGCGUGCCUGACGUGUACCUGCCAGCCAUGGACCCCAAAUGCAACUGCGAGAGUGGAGGUUCUUGCACCUGUGCAGGCUCCUGCAAAUGUAAAUCCUGCCGCUGCACCUCCUGCAAAAAAAGCUGCUGCUCCUGCUGCCCAGCGGGAUGUGCCAAGUGUGCCCAGGGCUGUGUCUGCAAAGCCCCCCAGACUGAGAGUUGCAGCUGCUGCCAGUGAUGUUCCUGUCUUCUUGUGCCUGUAGAUAGAGGAAUUUGUACAGACCUGAUUUUUUUAUACACUGAGUUGUGUUUUCUAAUCUUUUUUCCACUAUGAAAUGAAAAUAAACUUAUUAAAAAACUUUCUGUC